ACGAGCGAAUGAGCAGGACGCAUACUUCAGUGUGUUUGGCGAUUUUUCGUCUGGCGAAAUCGGUCGGAUCAGAGAGUCUGUCUGAAAUUUUGUGUUAAAAACGGAAUUAAGUGCAGCGAAGCGUUCAAAAUGUUAAAGAGGGCCUUUGGCGACGAUACCAAGUCGCAACCACGAGUUUAUGAAGGGUACAAACGCUUUCAGGAAGGCCGAGAAGACAUCGAAGAUGACGCGAGGUCUGGGCGUCCUGGCACGUCCACCAGUGAUGAAAAGCAGUGGACAAAGUUAAAGAGAUUGUGCUUGCUAAUAGAAGAAUCACCAUUAGAGAGGUUGCUGAAGAAAUAGGAAUUUCAUACGGCUCACGCGAAGCGAUUUUUACUAAUGUUUUGAACAUGAAACGAGUGGCAGCGAACCUGCUGAAUUUUCAAGAAAAACAGCAUCGCGUAACCAUCGCGAAACCACCUUAUUCUCCAGACACAGCCCCCUGUGACUUUUUCCUAUUUCCCAAAC